CGUCAACGCCCCGUGAAGCGAUUGACGGCCGCAAUAAGCAGCCGCUGCCGGCGAUCGCACGUGUGAUCAUCGUGCGCUGGCCGGCGGCGGCGGUGUGCUGACGCUAAGCUUGUGAAACGACAAGAGUCGCGCAAACACCCCCGAAGGACAGCCAAGGACGCAACACCGCCGCGCCGUCGACAUGGACUUCAAGAGCUACCAAUUCUCCAUCUUCGCGACCAUGUUUUUCGGCUACGCCUUCUACGCGUACAACCGAAAAUGCGUCUCUCUCGCUCUUCCCGAGUUGAUGGAAGAGGGAUUGACCAAGGAACAGGCAGGCAUGAUCAUCAGCAGCCAGAAUUUAGCUUAUGCCGGCAGCAAGUUCAUGGGUGGCGUGCUCUCUGACCGCCUCAGUGCACGCCUGCUCUUCACCUGUGGCCUUGUCAUCAGCGGCGUGGCGACCUUGCUGUUUGGCACUUCGCCCAACUCUGUGCUGCUCUUCUCUGGAUUCUGGUUCCUGAACGGACUGGCCCAGGGAUGUGGCUGGCCAUCUUGUGCCAAGAUCCUCAGGAAGUGGUUCUCACCGUCUCAAUUCGGCACCUGGUGGAGUGUCCUCUCCGCAUCUGCAAACAUCUCGGGUGGAGUGGCUCCGUUUCUGUCUGCAUUCCUGAUCCUGAACUAUGGUUGGCGCUUUAGCCUGACAGUAGCUGGAACCGUGUCGAUCGCCAUGGGAGCCGUGGCCAUGUUCACAUUGGUCAACUCCCCGACCGACGUCGGUCUAGAAGCACAGGAUGCAGCCGGCAAGAAGGCCGCGGCAGCCAAGAAGGAUGCAGCAAGCAAAGGAGAACCCCAGAAGCCAGCGGCCGAUGACUGCAGCUCAGCGACUGUCUGGGACCUGGUGGUCAGUCCAUUCCUGUGGCUCGUGUCAUUCAGCUACCUGGUCGUCUUCUGUGCCAAGACAAGUGCUGUCGACUGGGGGCAGCUGUACGUGAUGGAGGACCUUGGACACUCGCAGUAUGCAGGCAGUGCCCUAACAAGCAGUAUAGAGUCUGGUGGGUUCUUUGGAGGCAUUCUGGCCGGCUACCUCACUGACUGGUUUCUGCACUGGCAUGUCAAAAGGGGCAGCAAAAGUAAUGCAAACCCUAGGAUACCCGUUGCAGUACUCUUCAUGGCUGGGGCAGCCGGCUGCUUUCACCUGUUGUGCUUCAACAUAGGAAAGGGAUCCUCGGAGCUGUGGAUAUCCAGCAUUGGCCUGGUCUUGGGCGCUUGCCUCUAUGGACCUAUUGCCAUCUUUGGCGUCGCUGCUUCAGAGUCGGCACCGGCCCAUCUGUCGGGAACAUCACAUGCGAUCGUUGCACUUGCAGCAAGCAUUGGCGCUGUCAUUUCUGGACUGCCAUUCAGUAUUGUCGCCAACCGCUACAAUUGGGGUGCCGUCUUCGUCCUCCUGGAGGUGUUGUGUGGUGUUACGUCUGUGGUGCUCUUCCUGGGAAUGAACUUCAGUGCGAAAAUGGGAGCAUCGAGACCAAAGAAGGACUAGGGUCAACGGUCAUCACACUUACUCUUGCCUACUCAUUCCUUCAAGCUUCCACUUACAAACCUCAACGUUAUUGCAUCAUUUCUCUCUCCUAUCAAACGACAUUUGACUUUCAACUUGGAGACCGUCACAACAUAAUGGGAGAGAAGGGAGGGAUUCUAUUGUGUACUUUAUAAAUUCUUUCGACUCUUUCAAAGAAUGCCCAAAUCUACGAGGAAAUGCAGUCGGUUACAAUACAAGAAUUACAAACAUGCAGGUGUCAUUGUGAGCAACCAUGGAAGGCUUUAGUUACAUGUUUCUUCUAAAAAACCUCCUUGACUUCCCUGAUCUACUUCUACAACAAGGUUGCCCGCCACUGUCGGGAAAGUGCACUGCCACCGAAGAUUGAGCUUACAUCUCAACAACUGUCAUUAUCUUUCAUAUUAUUAAGGUUUACCAGGUAAAUUCAGGCCAGUAUGCGAGUAUCUUUCUCAAAGCAAACCUGAGUAAUCAGUGUGGCUUGUCUCAAGAUGACCUGAAACUAACUGAAUGCUACAUCCAAACAUUUUAUGUAAAAUCCCAGUUUGUUUGGACUAAAGAUAUGCGCCUCACAUUUUAUUUCUAAAUGUAUUUUUUGGUCCCUGCGAUUAAUUAUGAUGCUCCAUUGCUCUGUGUAAUAGUGAUGACAGCCUUUAGGUGGGCUUUCUCAUGUUUGACAAUGAUCAGGCAUCAAAAUGAACUUAGUACCUGUUUUAGAAACCUAGCAUUUUGAGCGUGCAAGAAAACUCUGAAUGUAAGGAUAGGUAUCAAAUCAUAAUUUUUGGAAUGACAAUGAUAAAAUGGAAAUGCCCACGAGUCCAAAAGAAUGCAACAAGUGAUCAGAUAAUUUUAUAAUUGGCUCAACAUAUACUAAUUAAGCCAGGGUCCAUUUAAUGUAAGCAAAAAUAGUUUCCCUGCUGUGUACUUAGCAAACUUCCUUUCCUCAGCACUAUCACAUUGUCCAAGGUGAAGGUGGGAGGUAGACAAAGAACUUGGACGGGGAAGAAGAGCCAGCAGAGGUAGUUGAAUGGCGCAUAGGUGUCUGUUUGAUUUGACGUGUUUUAUACUUUAUUCUUAGCUUGAAGCUAGCUGUAUUACAGAAGGCAUGGAUACAUUACAGCUAUAGAUUCAGGAAAAUGGAAUGUAAAUGUUUCCGCCAUUCUGUAGAUUUUAAUCGCUGAAGGGAAACCUGGAGUUGCAGUUGGUUAACCACCACUGAAAAGGUGGUUAGCAUGUACGUCUUUUUGUGAUUUGUAAUGGAUUCAUUGGGAAAGCACAUUAGAGCUUCUUUUAUUGUCCUUUAUGAUUCAAUUGUGCUGCUUGCCAAGCUCACAGUGAUUCUUUGGAACAGUUCUUCUCCUGUAUCUGGCGAGUAUACACGUGACAAAUCACUUUUCUGUCACCUCUUUCUCUUUAAAUAACUGAAAGAAGAAAAAAAUGCCAACUUGGAUAUCUUUUCAAAAAAUGAAGCUUUCACGUAUGGUGCUGUUGAAAGUAAAAUUUGCCAGCUAGCCUACAGAGUAUGUAAUGCAAUAGCAACACGUAUAUGGUGACAUGCGGCAUCAAUUGUUUGUCAUUGGUAAACAAACGAUUCAGUGUUUCAAGUUCACAUACACAACUUUCAUUUUAUUACAUAAUCUUUAGCUCGUAAAUAAAUCGUAAUUCUUUUGACCAUGCCUGUCACUGAGUGUAAAUUAUGUUUGGUGAGCAACACUCACACUGCAUAAGUAGCCAAGAGCUAGAAGGUUGAAGAAUAGGCAAAUCCAUCUAAUGCCUGUUGUUUCCUUUGUUGGAUGAACAGUAAUAACAGUGGCACACACAAACACCAGGCGCUGCAUUUUCCCUCAGUGUCCUUACUGUUAAAACCCAUGGUUGAGUCUACCUGGUGAUAAAUUUACCGGAAUAACAGUAUUAGCUGCAUAGUAGAAAAUGCUACUUAGUAGAUGUUCUUGCUGGGCUGCAUAGCUGGUUUUUAGUCUUUUAUUUCCAUGUUCAUUGAACAAUAAUGUGGGAUUUCUUGCAAGAUGAUAAUGCAGGGAAUUUUAUGUUUCUGCACUACGGUUCUUAUUGUACUAAGCAUUAGUGCAACUCUAACUACAAGAGUUUGUGCAGGGCUUUUGUGACGUUAAGCUUGGUGAGAGUUUUUUUCUACAAGUCAAUUUACAUCAUGGUGGACAAUGUAUUAUUGUACCUUUUUGAUAAAAAUAAAGAUGACAUGCAUAUCAUUAAAUGA